AUGAGGCGGAACAGGUCUCCAGAGGAGAGCACUGAGGGAGAUGCCAGGAGAACAGUGUGGAAGCCCAAGGACAAAGAUGCUUUCAAAGACAUCUCCGUAUACUUCUCCAAGGAAGAAUGGGAAGAGAUGGGAGAAUGGGAAAAAAUCCGAUAUAAGAAUAUGAAAAGGAACUACGAAGCGCUGAUUGCUAUAGGUUUCAGAGCCACUCAACCGGAUUUCAUGCAUCACCGCAGGCAGGUCAUCAAACCCCAGGUAGAUGACCCUGAGGAUUCUGAUGAAGAAUGGACACCAAGGCAGCAAGGUAAACCUUCUUCAAUGCCCUUCAGAGUGGAGCACAGUAAACACCAGAAGAGAAUGACCAGGGCACCAUUAAGUAAGGAAUCUAGUUUGAAGGAAUUGCCAGGAGCAGCAAAAUCGCUCAAGACAAGUGGCUCCCAGCAGGCUCAGAAACCAGUGCCCCAUCACAGAAAAGCAAGGACCCCUGGACAGCACCCCAGACAAAAAGUCGAACUCAGAAGAAAGGAGACUGGAGUGAAGAGGUACAGUUUACGAGAAAGAAAGGGCCACGUGUACCAAGAGGUCAGCGAGCCCCAGGAUGACGACUACCUCUAUUGUGAGGAGUGUCAGAACUUCUUCAUCGACAGCUGUGCUGCCCAUGGGCCCCCAACCUUUGUAAAGGACUGUGCAGUGGAAAGGGGGCAUGCCAAUCGCUCAGCCCUCACUCUGCCCCCUGGGUUAAGCAUCAGACUGUCGGGCAUCCCUGACGCUGGGCUUGGAGUGUGGAACGAGGCAUCCGAUCUGCCGCUGGGCCUGCACUUUGGCCCCUAUGAGGGCAAGAUCACAGACAAUGAAGAGGCCGCCAAGAGUGGAUACGCCUGGCAGAUAACCAAAGGGAGGAACUGCUACGAGUAUGUGGAUGGAAAGGACACGUCUUGGGCCAACUGGAUGAGGUAUGUGAACUGUGCCCGGGACAACGAGGAGCAGAACCUGGUGGCCUUCCAGUAUCACGGGCAGAUCUUCUACCGAACCUGCCAGGUGGUCAGGCCGGGCUGUGAGCUGCUGGUCUGGUACGGGGACGAGUAUGGUCAGGACCUUGGCAUCAAGCGGAACAGCAGGGGGAAGAGUGAGCUCGCGACCAGGAGAGAACCGAAGCCCAAGAUCCACCCAUGUGCCUCCUGCUCUCUGGCCUUCUCCAGUCAGAAAUUCCUCAGCCAACACACCCAACGCAGUCACCCCUCUCAGACCCUCCUGAGACCAUCUGAAAGAGACCUCCUCCAACCAGAGGAUCCCUGCCCAGGCAAUCAAAAUCAGCGAUAUUCAGAUCCACACAGCCCGAGCGACAAACCUGAGGGCCGGGAGGCCAAGGACAGGCCCCAACCUUUGCUUAAAAGCGUAAGGCUGAAGAGGAUUUCAAGGGUCUCUGCCUACUCACCCAGAGUAGAAAUGGGGGGUUCUGGGGUGCAUGAGAGAAUGAAAGACGAGCCCAGCACAAGCCAGAAACUGAAUCCAGAGGACACAGGCACAUUGCUCACGGGGGCAGGGGUCUCAGGGAUUAUGAGGUUCAAGUACGGAGAGUGUGGGCAAGGCUCCAAGGACAGGUCAAGUCUCAGCACACACGAGAGGACACACACAGGGGAGAAGCCCUAUGUUUGGAGUGUGGGCGAAGCUUCAGUCAGAAGUCCCAUCUCAUCUCCCACAAGAGGACACACACAGGGGAGAAAAGGGGUUCAAGAGGCUGAAGUCCGCCCGGCCACCAGAAGACACCAAGGGGAGAGUGGGCCACGGGGCGGCGGGCGGAGGGACAGUGGCCAGGCCCCGCCUGACACCGUGACUGCCCUGCAUGGGCACACAGGACACCAGCAGUCAUGGGACGGAGAGCCAGCUGCCUCCGCCGCACGCUCCACCCUGACCACGGCGGCCCCAGGGCUGUACCAGCCCCACCUGUGGGCGGCUCUGCUUGGCUGCCGGGGCUCGGGGACCCUGGCGCGUUCUGCACAGGCCCUGAUGCCUCAGCUGCUGAGCCCCAAGGAGAAGGCAUGUGAUGGCAGCCAUGCCCACAGGCACCAGCAGCACUGA